CCUCGCUCUGCCCCGGAAGUCGACCAAUUCCCAGCACUUUCGUUUUAUUUCGGUCCGUUCCCGUUAAUACUGUAUACCAAAGCUAGAUGUUGCAUUAACUGAUCAAAAUGGGAAGAAAGAGGCAGCAGACGGCAGCACUGCAGCUGUCGCUCCCUGACAAUGGCUCUGCGAUGUGGGAUGUGGUGAUCGUUGGAGCGGGUCUGUCGGGUCUCACUGCUGCUUGGGAGCUGCUGAAAUCAUGCCCAAAACUGCAAGUGCUGGUGCUGGAAGGCAAAGGUCGAGUGGGUGGACGAACACAAACCGUAAUGUUACCCUGUGCCAAUGGGAUGGAUAUGUGGGAUCUUGGUGGACAGUGGGUGGGAAGGACACAACAUUUUGUUCUAGAUCUAAUUAAAGAUCUGGGUCUUGAGAUGUACCCUCAGUACACAAGUGGAUGGAAGUUAAGUCACUUGGGAGGUCCAGACAACAACAUCCGAUCAUAUUAUUUCAAUAUUCCAUCGAUAUCUGUGCUAGCCCUUAUUGAUUUACAGCUGUUUAUUUGGAAGAUUGAGAGACUAAGAAAAAAAGUGGCUAUCAGAAAUGUUAAAUCUUGUCCUCAGGCUGCAGAAUUUGACAGCAUAACUGUGAAAGACUUUAUGGAAAAACAUCUUUGGACUCAGGAGGCAAAAGAGUGUGUGGAUUUGGCUUGCAGGGCUGUCUUUGGGAUGGAGAGCAAUGUCAUGUCUUUUCUUUACUUUUUAAUGUAUUCUUCUGCCUCUGGUGGUUUCAUGCCUCUCGUGGAAGCAACCUAUGGGUCUGCACAAGAAUUCAGAAUAAAGGGUGGUGCCCAGCAACUAUCUGAACGACUUGCUGAUUCAAUUGGAAGAGAGAAGAUCCUGUUAAAUUCAGCAGUAUCUGCAAUUCAUCAGGAUUUAGACAAAGUUGAAGUGAGAACGAAAAGUAAAUAUUUUUUGUGCAAGAAAGUUAUUGUAUCCUGCCCACCUCAUCUGGCAGCUAAGAUCCAGUAUCAACCUAGUCUGGGAACUGAAAGACUUUACCUGAUGAGUAAAACACGCGUGGGUCACAUGAUCAAGUUUAUUGUCACAUACAAAACUGCAUUCUGGCGAGAUAUGGGCCUAUCUGGAGAGAUUGUGAAUCGGUCUACUAUAGAGUAUCCUGUUUGUGUCACAUAUGAUGCAACCAGUUCAAAUGGAAACCCAGCUAUUGUGGGAUUUAUUUCUGGAGAGCAAGCAAUCAUCUGGAGUCAAGCACCGGCAGAAGAGAGAGAAACUCAUGUCAUUUCAAGUCUAAUGAAAUUUCUUGGAUUUAACGCUAUGUUUUACAUCCACUAUGAAGACAAGGACUGGAGCCAGGAAGCAUUCAAUGGAGGAUGUCCUGUUAGUGUGAUGGCACCUAAAAUGCUUACAUCUUACUACCCAGGAUUCCGCUAUCGUCAUGAAAGCAUUCACUUUGCUGGGACAGAGACAGCUGAUGUUUGGUGUGGAUAUAUGGAUGGAGCUGUGCAGUCUGGUCAUCGGAGUGCAUUUGAAGUACUGUUCAUGCUUUCUUUGAAAGACAUGAGCCUACUGCAAAAUAAUAGUACAGCUACUAAUAAUUCACAAGAUGAACAAGGCAGAACAGGCUGGUGGCGCUUCUCAAAAUGGCAUCUUCUUGGAGCAACCACUCUCACAAUUGUUUUUCUGUGGCACUGGUGGAAAAAAACUUUUCCCAUCCAAGAUUUCACCCUUAAGUCUACACAGCGAGAAUGGAGAUUUUUUCCAGAUUUUGUACAUUAGAGAGCCACAAAUGUGUAGUUAUUUUAAAUGGCAGACAUUGUUCAGAAUGGUGGUAGCUAUACUCAAUAUGUGACAUCAUUUUGAAGGCACAGCAAAGAUAGACCAUGCAAAACUUUUCUGGCUCAUUCAUGGCAUGCAAGUACAAAUGGAAUUUAAGGAUUUCAGUUUUAUUUUGUGAAUGAAGCACUCCAGUACCAUUUCUUCUAUAUGCAAAUAAGACUUUAGGUUUAACAUUUCAAAAGUAAGUUACACUGCGGUCGGCUGGCGCUCUGCCUGGGGUUUGUUUCCUGCCUUGCGCCCUGUGUUGGCUGGGAUUGGCUCCAGCAGACCCCUCGUGACCCUGUAGUUAGGAUAUAGUGGGUUGGAUAAUGGAUGGAAGUAAGUUAUAGAUUUUCUUGAAUACUAAACAUUGAGUUUUUCUCGAUCUUGUUAAAAUGAUCAUUUUUAACUCAUCUGUUAAUUUGACAAACUAAAGCUUUUUUAGGAUUUCUUUAUUAAAAGGAGUCUAGACUUGUAAUACUGCAAUUCUGUACAUGUGACUCAAGGUCAUGUUCAGUCUUUAAGUACUCUUUAAAUGUAUUUUCAUUUAUUUGACAUAAUUUUCUACUAGAGCAGGGACUGUGAUCAGUGUCAAUAAUCCAAUAAUAAGCAGUACAGAAACAUGCCUUAAUAUCACUUUCUCUCAAUCAAAUUAUGUGUAUUGUUGACAGUUAAUUUUUAAUUAAUUUUUUAUUAUUAUUGCUGUCUGAAAAUUUUUUCACUUUCUUUGUACCGACACUAGAUGGUAGACUUUCCCUUCUUGUACUGCCAAGCAUAUUGUAGGUGCGAGCUGUGUGCUAAGCUAUAAUAUUUUGUUUGUAAUAAAGAUUUUAUUUUUAGGUUUUUACAUCUCAAAAUAUUUUUUUAACUGGUGGAAGUAACUGAUUUAUUAUAUUAGCAGUGCUUUUUAUACUGGUAUUCUGAGUGCUAGAUAUCUUUAAAGGUUAACAUAUUGGAGAAAUAAUACAUUAAGAGCUAUAAAAUGUUAUUCAUAUCUUGCAAGCUGUGCACAUAACUAAGAACUAAGAAACAAGGUACUGAAAAUGGUUGGAUUAGUGAAUGUAUUUGCUGAGUCUUUACAUAAUGAAAUAUUUUUUUACAAAAUAUGCUAAUACAGGAAAUGAAUAAAUAAAAGUUUCAAAAAAAUAAACAUA